AUGCCAACAGAGAACUCAUCCAACAAGCGGCGUUCGCGCCCAGACGACAGCGAGGCCACGUCAGACAGCACUGAGGCUGAGCUUCGUGCCGGAAAAAGAAGGGCCUUUCUGCAAACCAUGGGCCAUCAGUUGCGAGAGUUCGGCUCGGAGCGAAACAGCUCGAGAGAUGAUCGUCGGAGCUUUGCCGCCAGUGCAAACGGCAGAUAUUACGUCCCCUCUCUGUCCGGCGCGCUCGCAGCAGAAAGAGCGCAGAGCCAAAUCCCACCAGAGAGUGAUGUAGUUCCGGGAGAGGAGGACCAGUCUCCUACCGGGGCCACGAAGAGUGCCUCUGAAUAUCUAUGGCGGUCUAGCGAAGUUCUCACCAUUCCUGCGUCUAAUGGAAGCCAUGCAUUUUCCUUCGAUGACCUUCUUGACUGGACCCGCUAUUAUUUCGAUAAUUGGCAUCCGGCGUAUCCGUUUCUCCACGCUCCAACUAUACUCAGCUAUUUCGAGGAUGCUGCUCGGAACGGAGUCUCAGAUUCGGACAACACAAGGGCAUACCAACUCAUCAUCAUUAGAUCCAUCUUAUCAAUAUCAGUUGCCGACCGCCGCCAAACGGGAACAGCCAUGCGACCUGUUCCGGCAAGUCUCGUCUUCCACUCGUUCAAUGACGCCAUCAGCAGUAUCCAGCGGGUGCUGACUGAUGAGACCUCGAUACCAUCCUUACAAGCCGUUGUUAGUGUCCAAUUGUUCCUGUUAUCGAUGUUACGUUACAAUGCCGCUUCUCGCCUUGAAGGUCUUGCUGUACGCAUGGUUUUCCAAUUAGGUCUUCAUCGUUGUCCAGUGCAAUUCUCGGCCUUUUCUAGGAAAGAGGCAGAACUUCGUAAACGUUUGUUCUGGACGAUAUACUGUAUCGAUCGCUACAUCUGCCUUAGACUUGGAAUCCCUCUUGCUAUCCGAGAUGAUGACGUCAACGUCUGCCGUCCAAGCUCAGAGCGGCAUGUAGAAAGCGAUGAUGACCCUCCAGAUCGCGAUGAUCGCCUAGAUUUGCUUGACUUUCUAGCAAGGCAUGCAGAGCUCAGAGGAUCGACCAUGGAAUUGCGGAAUAAGUCUGCAUCCCAUGCCGGAACCGAGCCCGAUCAAGCUGUAAUCAUCGGCGCGGAACUCACCAAGUGGUGGAACGAAGUCGAUGAAUACCUGGAGUCAACCAAGUAUCAAUCUCUUCCCAUCAGUCGGUUUCAUCAGGUGACCCUCAUUGUUCUCAGACACGAAUCUGUAAUCGCUCUCAACAGAUUCAUCAUUGCAACCUCGAAAAAGAGUGCAGCAUAUAAUGCAGCGCUUCAGAAUUGCAUCGGUGCCUCAAGGUCUGUCAUAAACACUAUGUACAAGGCUUUAAAAGGCGCGGGAACUCUGGGAGUGUCACCUGAGGCUCUACAGGAGAUUCCCGAAAACACCCCUUUGCUUUGGCCAUCCUUCACGUGGGCUGUGUGGAUGAGUGCGUUCAUCAUGAUCUACGCUGCAAACGAAGACCAAGUCCCUCGGGAGGUAGCAAUAAGGCAUGUCUUGAAAUUCCCACUUUCGUGUUCCUAG